AUGAUUUUAUAUCAAAUAUUUGUUGGAGUAAUAUUAUCAAUUGUGUUCCGAGGAAAUGGUGCAGUUAAGGAAAAAGCCACAAACUUGGACUUACCCAUCGAAAAACUAUCGACAAUCUCCCAAAUGCUGAGUGGAAUUUCUAUUUCAAAUGGUUUUUAUACGGGACACACUGAUAUCUACGACGUUGCUGCUGAGCUUCUCAAUAUGGAAUCCGGUAGAUCACUUUAUAAAUUCCUCAAAUUAGACAUUGAUUCGAUGGCAAACGGACUUCAAGAAUUCUUUGAUUCUAUCAAAAAUGUUCAAAAUAUCUCUAUCGAUAACCCACAAGAGAUUGAAAAUGCAUUGAGAUUUCUUGUGGAGAUCAAGCAAUAUCGAGAGAUUCUAAAACCUGGUGGAAUUGAAGAAAAAAGUGCUGGAAAAAUACGUGAUGAACUUAAUCGGUUACACGAUGCAGUUUAUAGAUUAGUCGAACAGUCAAAUCCAACAUAUGCUGCUCAGUUGAAAGCACACCUUGUGACCAUGUGACCAAAAAGUUGAUUUGUUGAAAAAGUUAAGGCAUUGUAAUGAAAAAAUUUUCCUUGACUUUUCUUAUUUCAACGAUCAUUGUUCUUUUUACCUCGCAAGCCUUGCAAGACUUUACACCUUCAAAGACCAAAUGAGCCCAUACUUGUUAUAUGGCAACAUGGCUAAGAAUUUCAGUGUUAACUUCAACCGUUUUGACUUACUCAGGAACUAUUCUGCUUCUAUUAUACAAACAAGUACUGUGGCAUUGACGCUGAAUUCUCAAAAAACAAUGCUUGAGUUUGAUGUUAAAUUGAAGUCUUUAUCUCAAAAAGUGUCCGAGUUAGUGAAACUAAAUUCAUUGAUGAGUUAUAACCUCAUCUCAUAUGAAAACCUGUUAGAAGCUCACGAAUUUUUUAAACAAUGGUCGGAAUUGAAAUUCGUCGAAUCAAACCCCACUAGCGGCGCCUUCAAACAUGGUAAAUAUCCGUUCCGCUUCCUUUCCGGAGUGUUAAAGUCAAGAGAAACAUGGACAAAACUUGCAAAUGAUUCUCCAACCAUUCCAUCUUUUUCCAACACAAUUGAACAAAGCAGCAAGCUGAACAAGUACUAUGAGCCCGAAAAAUUAUUUACUUCCUUGCCGAAAUGUGUUGAGAAGCUGAAAGCACUAAAGACACAACCAGAUUUUGAUAAGUUGUCAAUAAUUGACUCAGUCGUUAACACUUUUCACGAGAAUGCACGAGAGUUACACGACAAAAUGAGCAAUGUGCAUGGUGAAUUUUCAAAGGUAUAUACUGAUGAGGAAGCAAAAAAAAUUCAUAAUAUUCUUCCAUACGACUCAUCAUCAGAUUAUGAAAAUACUACGUUAGUGAAUAAAUGGUGGGAUCGAAUAAAUGAUGAAAUUAAAUUUGAACCGUUAAUUGAGAUGCUGGAUAAAUUUAUUGUUAUUACGAAACCAGUGAAAACUUUUGUUCCCUUCUUGGCAACUAUAAAACAAUUCACAGAAGAAGACAUUCCUCAGAUUCUGGGAAGUUUCGAUGGUACAAAUAUUCUCGAUGUCAUUGACUGUAUUCAAAGUUCGUCUGUUGAUGUUUUUAGUGAAGCGAUUAGGUACAACCAACAAGUAACUCUAUUGAAAUCUAAGGAAGCCGAGAUACAAUAUAUCGUUGAUUAUUUCAAGAAUCUCACCAACUUCCAACAGAAUAUCAAGAAUUCUAUAGAUAAAGCUCUAGCAGAAAAACCAAAAAAGACCAGAGAAAUUGAAUCUUUAUUGAAAAUCAAGAAUAUUCAUAGAGUAUCACAAGAAUUCGGUGGAGGAGUACAAGCACUUAAAGCUAUCCAACAGAUACUUCAGAAAGAGGAAUCAGUGUUGGCUCUGGCUAAUGCAAAUCAAGAUAUUGUACGAUUUAUCAAUGAUGAUCCAUUUAAUAAUAAAACUAUGAAACGAUUGAAGGAUAUGAUCACAGAUGUCAAGAAGUUCAAUGACAGAGUUGGAAGUCGGACAUUCAAUAGUCUCUCUGAUCUUUGGAUUGUGUUCCAUGAAGCUAAGAAGAUUGGAUUCCAUCGGGAACUGGAUGUAGAUGCGGUGGCAAAGAAACUUAGUGGAUCCACGACUCCAAAUGGAACCGAGGAGUUUUUGAAUCAUCUGAAGGAAGUUGGAAGUCUAAAUUUGAAUUUCAACAUGCAUUUGACACGUGUUUUGGUGGCUUCGAUGAUGAUGAAGGAGGUUAAUGGAACACUGGAGAAGAUCUUCAAUCCGAAGGUUGAGGUGGUUAAGGUGGAGAAGGUUGGGGUAAUUGGUAUAGGUAUGAGCUCAUCCUAUAAAUGGUAUCGUUUCGUGGUUUCUCAUCCUCAAGAAUUUACACUUGUAUUUUUAUUCGUUGCAUUUCCCGUCGGAAUAUGGCUAUUUGAUCGCAGAGAGAACGUGAAAUUGGAUUGAUUACUAGAAGAACUCUUUCGAAUUGAACUUAUUACAUUCUAUUCAUUUUUUUAAUGAAGACCGGUC